UAGCGUACUCGCUUAUGGAGUGAGCAUGUGCCGGGUUAGUCUCACUCUUACACUCUGAAGAAACGGGCAGGUGUCUGAAGAGUCCUGCUCUCCGCUCUCUGCUUUCGGCGUCCUCCUUUCCGCGUGGAUUACAGUGUUUGUCCAACCGUAUAUUUCCUGAAUCGGUUUCGUUUUUUCUUUCCUUCUGAUUUUCUUGUCGGACUAAAAAAAAAGUAUGAGAUCCCGUUUAAAUUAUGCGUGCUUCCUCGUGCCUGUUGCUCUACAGUUCAUGCUGGGCCUGAGCCCCGCCAUGACUGCCAGUACCAGGAAGUGCGGCUCCAUCUACAGGGGCUUCGCCCAGUGUCUGCUGGCCCUGGGGGACAGCAUGUCCAACAGCGUCCAGAGAGAGGAGAGCCCGCAGGAGAUAGACUCCAUCUGCAGGUCGUGGGAUGAGUUCCACACCUGCGCGAGCGCGGUUUUGGCGGGAUGCCCGGAGGAGGCGGCGGCCGUGUGGGACUCCCUGCGGCAGGAGUCCAAGAAGAUGCAGUUCUCCGGCAACCUGUACGACAUGUGCGCCAACCGGGCCCAGCCAAUCACCACCGUGCAGAGCCCGCCCACCCAAGAGGAGACCAAUCAGGAGUCCCUGAAGGGCCACGCCCACGCGCUUGGCCCCGCCCACGCCCUGUUCCUCCCCGCCUGCCUGUCCCUGCUGGCGCUGCUGGCCGUGAUGUAAGCGAGAGGGGGGCGGAGCUUCUUCUGACGGGCCGACCUCAGACAGGAAGGGAAUAAGAGCACAGGAAAGGUGUCAUGUUUCAUCGGUGAUUCAAUUUGUGAUUUUUCCAGUCUGAGCUUGCUGUGUGAGUGCUGACUUCUCGAUUCAAUUUGGCAUCAAACAUUAAUGCGCUCACACAUGCUGGCACAUACACACAUAAACACGCACACACACGCAGACACACGCACGUGCACACACACUCACGCACACACACACACAAUAUAACAGCAGUGAUAAAACACACUCUCAUCAUUUCAGUUACAGCUGAUCAGUGUGGACUUCAGGACAUUGUGAAUUCACUACACCAAUUCAGCACACCACGCAGGAAGAAACAAGUUUUAUUCCUCUAAGAUUAAGGUUGAUUUAAACUUCAUAUUCUGAUAGCCAAAGCAUCAUUUUGUGCUUUUUCUCAGCCCAGGAACCUGAAAUUGUGCUUAUUUAUUUGGAUUGUUUUGUAAUUAAUGUACAUAUUGUAAAAAAAAAAAAAAAAAAUCAGAUUAUUAUCAGUCACUGAAAUAUAAAUGUACAAAGUUCACAUCUUUACGUCCCGAGCUGGUCUGCAAUGUGUAGGUGUAGGUCUUUCUGUUUUAAUGUGCGCUUGUACUAGUUUGGCUCUCCUCACUGCUACAGUUAUUUAUUUACCUCAGCACUGUUUAAUUUGAGCUUUCACAGACGAUGAUUCACAGAGUUUGUCGCAUGGAAAACAUAUUUUUAAAAAUGGUGAAUGUGCUGGAUUCAGAAUGUAUAUAUUUAUUCUGUCUGUAGAUACUACAUUGUAAAAUAUACAGUAAUGACGCACUGUAAAUUGGCACAGUAUAAAAUAUAUUUCAAAAUGCUGUAUAUUCCGAUAUUCAAAUAACAGAUAACUAUAUACAAGAAUGACCCCAUAAAGUACAUAUCAAUUUGAAUUUAAAUAUUUUAUGUAAUAAUCGAUUUUACUAUUGAUUAUUUCAUCAAUUAUAAUGAAUAGAACAACAUGAAGAUAACAAAAAUGUGCAUAUGUAUAUAGAAUAUUGUUUAAGUCUCCCUUUUUAGGAAGGUUGUCAGAUAUUUUUCAUAGAUAUAUAUAUAUAUAUAUAUAUAUUCGCGCCAUUUGAGGAGCUUUUAUUGAAACGCAAGGUUGCAACCACUUGGCAACUCCGUAACUCACGGAGUCUUCAGAGAGAAAUUCGAUUUUAUCGGUUUAUUCAGAACGUUCAGCUUUUACCGCAUAAAUAGCGCGUGCUGCAUAUUUUGCGUUCGAUCGACGUGCAGUGCCCUGCACCCUCGUGUAUUGCAAAAGUGAAACCUUUUUCAGAGUCAAAAAGGAGAAAGACAGACAUUCCGAGAGAAUGGGGAGAAUUCCAUAGAAGUCUCUAUCGCAUUCCAGGCCCUUCCCUUUGAAGUUUUUUGUGUGUGUGUGUGUGUGCCUGUGUUCUAUUGUUGUAAAGGGUUGUCCAUCAAACCCCUCAGCCUGAAAGAGAAUGUUUAUUCAGGGGGACGGAGAUGAAAAGAGUCUUCUCAAGGUCGCCGUGUUGCUAACUGGCCGAAAACGCAGCCCUGGCGACGCCCAGAAUCGGCAUACCAUUCAUCCGCGGCUUAUAUAUUGAUCAGCUAUCGGCUCUUGUGUUCAAAGCUAUGUUUCUGUGACGACGCUACGAGCGCUUUCUCCGUGAGGAUCGUGUAUGUGUUUCAUCGGUAGAUCAAUGUUCGCCAUCAAAGCGCGGAAUAAGACUCGCAAAGCGAAAUGCGAUCGGGCUGUUCAUUCAUUCCGAUAGUUUGUACUUUCAAGAAAAUUACUGUGUAUUGUUUUCUCUCUCUUCUGUUUGGAAAUUCUAUCUGUAUGGGAAAAAAAAUAUUUAUUACAUUUAUAAAAAAUGAAUAAAUGGUGGUGACUCGA